UAAUAUAAAGGGCACCCAAUCCUUAUUAUCAAUUUGUCACUCGGUUGUUCACUCACCGGCAUCGCUAUUCAUUUAUCUACCGCGGAGGUUUCACUCUCAGUUUAUUUUCCCCAAAUUGUUUUUCGUCUAACAAAUUUACGUUGCAGACUUUCUCCAAACCCUAACCCUAACCCCAACCUUCCCUUCCAUCCUUCAUUUCGCAGAUAAUUAUGGGAGAACCUAAAGAUGAAGCCUACGAGGAAGAGCUUCUCGACUACGAGGAAGAAGAUGACAAAGCUCCCGACUCCAUCGGAGCUAAAGUCAACGGCGAAGUCACCAAGAAGGGCUAUGUCGGAAUCCACAGUUCAGGAUUUAGAGAUUUUCUUCUGAAACCAGAGCUUCUUCGGGCUAUUGUCGACUCGGGAUUUGAACAUCCUUCUGAAGUGCAACAUGAGUGUAUACCUCAAGCAAUCCUUGGAAUGGAUGUACUGUGUCAAGCUAAAUCUGGAAUGGGAAAGACUGCUGUCUUUGUUCUCUCGACUUUGCAGCAGAUUGAUCCUGUUCCAGGUCAAGUUUCUGCACUUGUUCUGUGUCAUACAAGAGAACUAGCUUACCAGAUAUGCCAUGAGUUUGAGAGGUUUAGUACCUACUUAUCCGAUCUCAAGGUUGCUGUCUUUUAUGGUGGAGUCAACAUCAAAGUUCACAAGGAUCUGUUGAAAAAUGAGUGCCCUCAUAUUGUUGUUGGAACUCCUGGAAGAGUGCUAGCAUUGGCUAGGGAUAAGGAUCUUUCUUUGAAGAAUGUUAGACAUUUCGUUUUAGAUGAAUGUGAUAAGAUGCUCGAAUCACUGGACAUGAGGAAAGAUGUUCAAGACAUUUUCAAGUUGACUCCCCAUGAUAAACAAGUUAUGAUGUUUUCAGCAACACUCAACAAGGAAAUCCGACCAGUCUGCAAAAAGUUUAUGCAAGAUCCUAUGGAAAUCUAUGUUGAUGAUGAAGCCAAGUUAACCCUUCAUGGACUUGUGCAGCACUACAUCAAGUUGAAAGAGGAGGAGAAAAACCGCAAGUUAAAUGAUCUUCUCGAUGCGCUAGACUUCAACCAAGUUGUUAUCUUUGUGAAAAGCGUUAGUAGAGCAGCCGAGCUUGACAAACUACUUGUAGAAUGCAACUUUCCAUCUAUAUGCAUUCAUUCUGGCAUGUCCCAGGAGGAAAGGUUAAAGCGUUAUAAAGGUUUCAAGGAGGGGCAUACAAGGAUUCUUGUUGCAACGGAUUUGGUUGGUAGGGGGAUUGACAUUGAGCGUGUCAAUAUUGUUAUAAACUAUGACAUGCCUGAUUCUGCAGACACUUACUUGCACAGGGUUGGGCGAGCUGGAAGAUUUGGUACCAAAGGCCUUGCGAUCACAUUUGUUUCGUGUUCUUCUGAUGUUGAUGUUCUCAACAAUGUAGGGACUUACUUUGUUGUCCUUAUUUUAUUGUCCAUUAGUGUUUCUAAUUAUGUUUGGUGUGAUUUCCAGGUUCAGUCAAGGUUUGAGGUAGAUAUAAAACAGCUUCCUGAGCAGAUUGAUACCUCUACCUACAUGCCGUCAUAGUGGAAGCUGUUUCUGGAAAACGCAUAAGCUGUUUGGAUGGUGCGAGUACCCUCAUCUUCUGAAAUAGUGGCUCAGUUUUUUGAAAAGUGCAGCUGAUGCCAGGUCGUGUUAUGGAGACUCGGCCACUGUACCGAUGAUCGGCAUUAGAUAUUCCAUACGAUAGCUUACAUGUUGCUUCCAUUUACUUGAUUGUGUUGUACCUGUCAUUUUUAUUAUUGUGUUUGCGUUAACAUGUUGAUACUGUUGUUGAAUUGGUAUCCCUAUAAUUUAAUUGGUUGAUGCCGAAUAGCAUGCUGGUUUUGCUGCUCAA